CAUGAUAAGGAAUCUGAACCUACUAUUCUUUAAAAACAAAAAAUAGAAGAAAACAUGUAUUCAAAUGAUAUGGAUACACCACAAGAAGUCAAGAACCCCGAAACCCAGAAAAUUUAUAUCGUUGUAACAAUAAAAUAUUGUAGUUAGGUUAUAAAAGGGUUGACAUGGUCCAAAUGAGGAAGAAAAGAAGUUCACGAAAACCAAUUGGAGCUCCAAAAUGGAGGACGCUGGAAGUUACUUUGACGAGUAAAAUAUACUAGGAAUGAAGACCUAGUCGAACAUUGGUCCAGCAGCCCCUUUUGUCCUAUAAAUACAUAGAGCUUGUUAACAUCCUAUAAUAUCUCACAAUAAAGUAUCCACAUAAUAUCUUACCAUCAAAGUAUCUUCUUAAGUAUCCAUAAAUUGCUUUCUGUUAGAUGCAAAUGGAGAGCCCAAAAUCACCUCUUCAACCCCCAACUUAUGGAAACUUAGUCACAAUCCUUAGCAUAGAUGGUGGUGGCAUUAGAGGGAUUAUUCCUGCCACUAUCCUUGCUUUUUUGGAAUCGGAACUUCAGAAACUGGACGGAAACGAAGCAAGGCUUGCAGACUACUUUGAUGUUGUGGCAGGAACAAGCACCGGUGGUCUGGUUACAGCCAUGCUAACUGCUCCUAAUAAGGAAGGCCGACCCUUGCUUGCAGCCUCUGAGAUUAAAGAAUUUUACCUUGAGCACUGCCCAAAAAUCUUUCCUCAAAAUCAUUUCCCGUUCUCUGCUACCAAGAACUUGGUGAAGUCCUUGACUGGUCCCAAGUAUGAUGGUGAAUACCUUCAUCAACUUAUCCAUGCCAAGUUGGGUGAUACAAGGUUGCAUCAAACACUUACUAACGUUGUCAUUCCAACUUUCGAUAUCAAGCAUCUUCAACCUACUAUAUUUAGUAGUUACGGGGUGAAGAAAAAUCCUCUCAAGAACGCAACCCUCGCUGACAUAACAAUCUCAACUUCAGCAGCCCCUACAUACUUGCCUGCCCAUUUCUUCAAAACUCAUGAUUCAGCCGGAAACGUGAAAGAAUACAAUCUUAUUGACGGGGGAGUUGCAGCUAACAAUCCGGCUCUGGUGGCCAUUGGGGAGGUGACAAAAGAGAUAACAAGAGGGAGCAGUGAUUUUUUCCCUAUAAGACCAAAUGAUUACGGAAGGUUUCUUGUGAUUUCUCUUGGAACUGGAACUCGUAAAUCAGAAGAGAAAUUCAAUGCAAAUGAAGUAGCUGGAUGGGGAAUGUUGAGUUGGUUAACACACGACAACUCUACUCCUCUCAUUGAUGCUUUCAUGCAAGCGAGUUCCGAUAUGGUUGAUUUUCAUCUCUCUGCCGUUUUUCGAGCUCUUCACUCUGAAGCCAACUAUAUUCGAAUCCAGGAUGAUACAUUAAAUGGGGAUGCUGCUUCUGUUGAUAUUUCUACCGUUGAGAAUCUCGACAUUCUCGCCAAGACAGGAGAUGAACUUCUCAAGAAACCUGUUUCAAGAGUCAAUCUUGAGUCGGGAUGUAACGAAAAUGCUUAUGAAGUGACCAAUGAAAAGGCCCUUAUAAAGUUAGCAGGAAUACUAUCAAAAGAAAAGAUGAUCCGAGAUUCGCGAUCUCCUCAUAAAAAUGCGCCAAAUAGCAAAUAAAAGAUCAUUAGUUUAUCCUUUCUCUAGUUUUUGUUGUUAAUGUUUAUUUUUCUUAUCUGUUAUUGAUGACUUGUUUGGUUCACUAACGCAAGUUUAGUUUUAUAAUAAUAAAUGAUUGCCGCUCAUUGUAGUUACUUGUAUGAUUGUAUCUUCUAUCAUUUGAAUAAAGUCAAUAAAAAUACUAAAAUUUGGUCUUCGUCCAACAUACAUUAGAAUAAGGGGUAAUUGAUCAAAUGACUUUUGAAAAAUAAAGGGAAAUGAUAUAUUUCAUACAAUUAGAAGUGUCCAAUAUUUUGAAAAUUACAAUUUAACCAACUCUUCCAAAAUAAUACCAUUAUUGGUUUCCAAAUAAUUUUAAAAACUGGAAAAUAAAUUUAAACAAAAAAAUUCCAUAAUUCUUUUUAAUAGGCUGAUCCAGUGUUGUUAUCUCAUUAGAGGUCUUCGGUAAUUUCUUAAAUUCACUUCUUUAACUUUUAACUUUGUUUACAAACGUUUGAUUAGCAGUUAGAUGCAUUCUUUGAUAGGAAAUCCUUGUUUGUAUUUAAAGGAUAAAACUAUAUUUUCUGGUUAAUGGGAAAAAGUUUAAAAGUGAACAUAUUGCAGGAAGCUCGCUGAUAAGUAAACGAAAAUGUUUCUUAAAUCUGCAAAAUAAAGAUUGGCGGAAGUAAUUCUACCAAAACCGUCUGCUGAUUCUUGGUAGACAUUCCGUUGAUGUUUGCCAAACCAACAAGUGUUUUCUAGUAGACUUACGAGAAAUCAAUAUAUUGAGAACUACUUAUGAACAUUCUUUUAUGCAAAUAGUAUUGCACUUGUUACUGGUUUCUGACAAUGGAGAUGGAUAAUGUGGUUUGGAGUCCCUUGUUAAUUGCGUAAGAGAUCAAAUAUGAGAAUUUUCUCCAUAAGUUUUGUGAAUAUUACAACACGAUUAGGGAGAUAGAUAGAAGUUGAGAUUGCAAAUAUGUUGCCUAAAUAUAUUAUAUAUUGGAACAAAUGCCUAGCAACACACCUCCAAUCUAAUCCACCAGCAGUGACAAAGGAAGGUUGUCAUAAUCAACUUCAAAUACAAUCAACAAAUAAA